AUGUCCAACAAGAUGGACUCCGAGUCUCUGCCCCCGCGGGCCCAGACCGUGGAAGAGAUCCUGGCCUCAGACAACCACUCUGCCCUCUCCUCCCUCACUCCAUCCCUCAUCCGCCUCUACAGUAUCCUCGCCCCAGCCUGCCUCGUCGUCUGCGCAACAAACGGCUACGACGGCUCCGUCCUGACGGGCCUCCAAGGCGUCGCCGCCUGGAACCGCGAAUUCGGAAGUCCCAAAGGCGCCCUUCUCGGCUUCACCAGCGCGGCCUACCCCCUCGGCGCAAUCAUUUCCACCCCCUUUUCCGCCUUCGUCUCGGACCGCUUCGGACGGAAAUGGUCCAUCCUCACGGGUAGCAGCAUCAUGAUUAUUGGCGUGCUGAUCCAGUGCCUCAGCCACUCCAUCGGACAAUUCAUCGGCGGCCGCAUCGUCGUCGGCUUCGGCAUCACCAUGGCCCUCGCCGCGGCGCCGGUGCUCAUCUCGGAGCUCGCGCACCCAAGGCACCGCGUGUUAUUCGGCUCGCUCUAUAAUACCAGCUUCUACCUCGGCGCCCUCACGGCGGGGUGGGUGACGUUUGGGAGCUACCGCAUCGCCGGUUCGUGGGCGUGGCGGCUUCCUACAAUGUUGCAGGCGCUCCCGGCGGUCAUCCAGAUGGUUUUCGUCUGGUUCCUAGACGAGUCUCCUCGUUGGCUUUGUUACAAGGACCGAGAUGACGAGGCAUUUAGCAUCCUUGUGAAGCAUCACGGGGGUGGGGACCCGUCCGACCCGCUGGUCGUUGCAGAGUUCCACGAGAUGAAGGUGGCUUUGCAGCUGGAGAAGCAGGUCAAGGAUGUAGGACCAAAGCUCUUCUUCAAGACACCGGCCAACAGGAAGAGACUCUUAAUUCUCCUUACUCUCGCCGUGUUCGGCCAGUGGAGUGGUAACGGUUUGGUGUCAUACUACUUGACAAAGAUAUUCACCAGCAUCGGCAUCACUAGCCAACGCGAGCAGACCAUGCUCAACGGAGUCAUCAGCACCGUGAACUACGCCACGGCUCUGUUUGCGGCAGCGCUUUCAACUAAGAUCGGCCGCCGGUGGAUGUUUGUCGGAGGCGGCAUUGCCAUGUGGCUCACCUUUUCGUCGCUGACGGCCAGUAUCGCGGUGUACAACACAACGGGCACUACGGCUGCUAGCCAGGCUGCGCUCGCCUUCAUCUUUAUCUUCUACGCCGCCUUCAAUAUCUGUCUCAACCCCUUGCUCUUCCUCUACCCCACGGAGAUUCUUCCGUUUAGGCUUCGGGCUAUGGGUCUUAGUGUCCUCGUCUUUGCUAACAAGGCCGCGUCGUUCUUCAACCAGUUUGUCAAUCCAAUCGGUAUGGACUCUCUGGGUUGGAAGUACUACUUGGUAUAUGUGGUGUGGCUUGUGAUUGAAGUGGCCGUCUUUUACUUCUUGUACCCUGAGACCAGAGGCCACAGCCUAGAACGCAUGCAGGAGGUAUUUGGGGAAGAGGUGAAGGAUGAUGGGCUGGACGAGAAGGGCUCGGUAGCCAAGGAUAUGAGGGUCAUAGAACACAGGGAAUGA